AUGGACCCGUCUUGCCCAGUUUCCCUUACAUUGUCUACCGCUGACUAUACUGACAGCACCUACGAGGAGCUUUAUCAUUCUCGCCUGAACACAGUGGCAGAAUGGUGCUAUCUGCUCGGCACCCAAUUGGUUGUUGUCUCUUCCUGGCGAGAAGCACACGGAGAUCCAGUCUAUCCGACGCCGCCUCCCUCGAUUACGUGGACGCGUCAGACCCCAGAACUGGCCGCAUGGUACAAAAAUGUACUCUUCGCGUGGGAUCCCUGCAUGUUACGCAUUGGAACCUUUGUCCUCGGAAUUUCCUCUCCAGACGUUCUCUUCCAACUGAGUUCGGAGGAAAUCAGUGCGCAGUAUGUUGAUAAAAACAAAGAUGACCGUUUUUUGUCACGUUGA